AUGAAGUAUAAGAUUGGCGUGGAAGAGAGUGGUUUGUUAGACAAGUACGGGAACUUGGUGCUAGAGAAUCCAGAGUUACAGACCCAGAGGUUCGGCCUGGCACAGGCAGGGCUGCUUAUAAACACCCAGAAAGUUAGAAUACAAACAGCAACCCUGAUUCGAGCAGCAUGGGUUCUACAUCCAUGUGCUGAUUCAAUCAAUAUAAGCAAGGCUUGGAACAUGUACUUCAAGGACCUUCUUCCAAGGUUGGUGAAAGCCGGGGAUGAUGGCAACUAUGGUUCUGCUGUGGUUUGUGACACGACUUCGUCAAGAAGAAUCCACUAUAGAAAACUUGUCGCGGAGGCUAAAUUUCAGGAAUCUUCUGUUGCUUAUGAGGCUGCCAUUAAAGUACAGGCAAAUUUGCUUUGA